CCACGGUCUUUGAUUCAGUUUCCGGAGUUUCUGCAACCAUGGCGGCCGCUGUGAGAAUUGUGUGGAAAACUGUACCAUCCACGGCAUCUUCUCGUUAUGCUGCGAGUGGCAUUUCUCUUAACGGGGGUGGGAAUCCCUUUUCCCCAGUUUUCAUUUAUACAUAAGCCACGUGUUACGAGUCAAAAGCGCCUUGCAUCUCAUUUCACCUUCCAGCCUGACCCGCCACCUUCAGAAUUUGGUUCAACCCAAAAGAUGAAUCUGUUCCAGGCUGUGUCAAGUGCUAUGGAUAACACUUUAGCCAAUGACCCAACUGCAGUGAUUUUUGGGGAAGAUGUUGCAUUUGGAGGGGUCUUUAGAUGUACUGUUGGUCUGAGAGACAAAUAUGGAAAGGACAGAGUUUUUAAUACACCACUUUGUGAACAAGGCAUUGUAGGUUUUGGAAUAGGUAUUGCAGCUACAGGAGCAACUGCUAUUGCAGAAAUCCAGUUUGCGGACUACAUCUUCCCUGCUUUUGAUCAGAUUGUCAAUGAAGCAGCAAAGUACCGUUACCGAUCUGGAAAUAUGUUUGAUUGUGGUAGAUUAACUAUUAGAGCACCCUGGGGUUGUGUUGGCCAUGGAUCUCUCUAUCACUCACAGAGCCCUGAAGCGUAUUUUGCACAUACUUCUGGACUAAAGGUGGUUGUUCCAAGAGGCCCAGUUCAAGCAAAAGGUCUACUUUUGUCUUGUAUAAAGGAUAACAAUCCUUGCAUUUUCUUUGAACCAAAAAUUCUGUAUAGGGCUGCAGUUGAGCAAGUGCCUGUGGAUUCAUACUACAUCCCACUGUCUCAAGCUGAGGUACUUCAGGAAGGAAGCGAUGUUACACUUGUUGCCUGGGGAACUCAGGUUCAUGUUUUGAAGGAAGUAGCAAAUAUGGCUCAAGAAAAACUUGGAGUGUCAUGUGAGAUUAUUGACCUUAAAACCAUAUUGCCUUGGGACAUUGAUACAGUUUGUAAGUCUGUGGUUAAGACCGGGAGAUUAUUGAUCAGCCAUGAAGCUCCGGUAACAGGAGGAUUUGCUGCUGAAAUUAGUUCUACUGUACAGGAAGAAUGCUUUUUGAAUCUUGAAGCUCCAAUUGCUAGAGUAUGUGGCUAUGAUACUCCAUUCCCACAUAUUUUUGAGCCUUUCUACAUCCCGGAUAAGUGGAAAUGUCUUGAAGCCGUUAAGAAAAUGCUAAAUUAUUAGUUUUAAAUGUGCCUGAAGGGGUAAGAAGAUGACUCCUGACCUUCUCCUUACGAGUAAGAUUGUAUUUGGUCCAAGACUUUUACAUCACCCUAAAAUCUACUCUACCCGCUGACAAAAAGUAUCUCACUGCUAGGCGGAGACCUUAUCAAAUUGGUGUUUUUUUCUGGUCAUUUUUGUUUGUAUAUUUAUUUUCCUAAGGCUGUGUAAAUUAUCUUGGAAAAUCCAAGAAAGUAAAAGUGGACAAGAGAAUCCUUCACAAUAGUGAAAUACUAUAAAUACUCCUCUAGAUAUGUUGUAUGUAAAAUGUCUUACAUUUCUAAACUAUAAUACAAUGAAUGUUUUGGAUGUCUAUACAUAGAGAACCGGGUGCAUAGUCAAAUAAAUUCUGAUGGUUCUGACACCUUCAGCUUCUUUAAAAAGUACUCUGACAAUUAAUAGAACUUGAUUUUGUCAUUAAGACAUGAUUUUUAACUGUGCCAGGUUUUAUGUCAGAGUAACUGACCUUUAUUCUCAUGUAAAUGUAUUUUUGUCUUCUUAAUCUCCUCCUGUGCUUUUGGAGUGGAGUGUUUGUCGUCUUUUCUUCUUGAAGCAUUUAUUCCAGCACUGAUUUAAUUGAAAAUUAGGUUUUAAAAAGAAAUAGUAUAUAAACAAAGAGUUAGACAUUAAUAUUAUGGAGGACUAUUUCGGUCAAAAUUAAAUAAAUAAAUAAAUGCACA